AGACCUCAAAGCAGAACUCUUCCGAAAACAAGAAGAAUUCAAGAAAGAGAAGUUAUUGAAAGAUGCUGGCUUUUCUGCAAAGCCCAGAACCUCUAAUAAGAAGCCAAGCAUAUGGAGCAAACAGAAUGCAGGAGUUACAAAUCGAUCUGAGAAAGAUAUUGAGCAGAAGACAGAAGAGGACCAAACAUUAGAUAAAUCAAGAAAGAAACUCGAAGAAAAAGCAAAGUUAUACGAGAAAAUGACAAAAGGCGAUUUUCCAGAUGAAGAAACUGAGGAUUUGUACCUUGUGGAUUUCACUCAGAAGAUCAUAGACAGACAGCGAGAAGUACAGGACCUAUGUCAGAGUGAAGAUGCUGGAAAGACUUUAGAAAAAGAGAUGGAUGAGGAAGAAAUGCAACCUGAAAUGGAAAUACCACCACCUGAGGAUCCGGAUGAAGAAUGGGUUGAUUAUGUGGAUUCAUUAGGCAGAUCUAGACGUUGUAUGAAGAAGGAUUUGCCAAGUCUACUUAAAAUGGAUCAGGAACUUCAUGGGAAAAUAAUAAUUCCUGAUGGGAAUACCCUGUUAUCUGAAGAUAUGAGGAGAGAACUUCAGAGGCAGCAAUGGGAAAGGGAGGAAGAAGAAGCCCUCAGGAAACCGAUGGGACCAAUACACUAUGAAGACAUAAGAGACAAUGAGGCCAGGCAACUUGGUGUUGGUUACUUCGCCUUUUCUCGUGACAAAGAACUUAGACAUAAACAAAGGGCGACCCUAGAUAUGCUAAGAGAGCAGACACUAGAUCAGAGAACUAAACGUGAACAGUUAAAAGAAAAAAGAAAGGCCGCUCUAGAAGCCAGACUAUCUAAACUUCGAGCACGGAAGGUUAAGAAGUUAAGGGAAGAUGGACUGGAGGAAGAGGCAAACCAGCUAGAGAGUGGAGAGGUUAAAGAUGCUACUGGCCCAGUACAAAAUGAACCAGAAGCUCCAAGAGUCACAUCGGCAAGCAGGAAGGUAGAGGUCAUCAUCCAGGAGAGGAGAGAUACAAAGCCUGGCGUGCCUUACGUCCGAGAGUGGGAUAAAGGCAAAGAACUGAUUUUUGGCCAAUGGUCAAAGAUAAAAGAAGAUCUCCGAGAUGAGCGAGAUCCAGAAUUUGCACCACCUUCUGAUUACUUUAUGGGACAAAAGAAAAAUGAUAAUUACAGCCAGAAUUUGAACAGUCCUGAAGCCUCCUCAGAAAAACCGGAGCAAGAGACAGCACAAAACCACCAGCUGCCAUCACAGCAGGCCGGUGACAGCAGUGCUGAAGAUGUGCCACCAUCGGCACAGGCUGGCAGCAGUGAUGCUCAAGGUGUGUCAGCAUCAGAGGCCCAUGUCAGUGAUGCUCAAGAUGAAACUUCGUCAGAGGAGAGUGACAGCUGUGACGCCCAGGAUGGGCUGCUGCCAGCGCAGGGUUACUGCUGCCACGCUCACGAGCUGCCACCUGCAAUGCAUGCUUACGGCUACGGCGCUCACGGCGUGCUACCACCAAUGCAGGCCUAUGGCUAUGGCGCUCAUGAGGUGCCCAUGCAGGCCUACGGCUACGGCGCUCACGACAUGCUGCCACCAAUGCCAGCCUACUGCUACGGCGCGCAGGGCGCGAUGCCACCAGUGCAGGCCUAUGGCUAA